UGCUGUCGCGCGUCCCCAUUGCCGCCAUUUGAAAUAAACGUAAGAAAACGCCAGCCAGUCCCCUGGAAGUGUAUAUAGUUGUGUAAAUAAUCAAAAUAUUAAUCAGAUCGUGCAACAUGGAGGACGUAAUGGGCGUUCUCGGUUCGCUGUCAGACUUGCAGAGGGAAUUGGAGGUCCUGCGUCAGUCCCACUUCCAGGAGCUGGACCAGCUUUUCUACGGCCUGGGGUCCACUUCCGUGACCAAUGACGGGGAGGCCAAGGCGGAGGAGAGCACUCCAGCAGUCAGGGAAGGAUCCUCGGUGACGCCGCAGCAAACCAAGAAGCGCGCCAAGCGACUCUCCUCUCUGGCCGAGGACAAGAAUGAGCUCGAGACCAGUCGAGCCGCGGAGACAAGUCAAUCCGCAGCCAACUCGUCGACUCGCCAAAGUGCUCGGGUCAACAACUCGCAGCUGUUGGCCAUCGCCGAGGGCACCCUAAAUACUACGGCUUCGCUAAUGCCACCGCCGCCUGUACCGACUGUGGCGGACACCACCUUGAAUUCCGGACGGCCACAGCGCGCCGCCAAGCUGAAGUCCGAGAAAAUGCUUAAGGAGCCCUCUCUCAAUCGCAAGAUGCGCCGACCUAGCCAGGAGGACGUCGUCAAAGUAAAGGUGGAGAGCGAGCAACGUGCCUCGCAGUUUAACAGCUCCACCAGUGGGCAUUCUAACCCGGUUAAAAUGCCACAGAAGCAGCCAGAGGAGGAUUCUGUACUUCCCGCUCCAAAAGAGCCGGAACCUGUAGUCAACGAUCAGUCAUCGGAGGAUAUUAACACCUCGAAGACCCUGGUGGUAAAGAUCAAGCGCGAGAAAAUGAGCAACGAGGGCUUGGUUUCAACCACCGAAAUCACUGCCUCAUCCACUGCCAUUCUGGAAGCGACACAGGCUGCCCAGCCGAAUGAGACGGUUUCUAGCAAUACGACGACCACAACGGAGCCCGGCAAAAAGUUACGCAAGAAGAAGAAGGACAUUGCCGAGUGCCAUAGGCCCAUCAAGAUCGAGCGCUUCAGCGAUCUGGACAAGGGAUCACCGGUGUCGUCACGAACGCGCAAGGCCAGUACAGAGUCGCGUGCGAACCAGGAACAUUCCAUCUACACAGACGCGCUGGAAGGACCGCCACCCGUAGAUCCAUCCGAGACGGUGUCGCAAACCAACGCCACGAUGGUCCUCGGUCCUGCCCCCACGUCAGAUGACAGCCCACGGGGACCGGUUGGGGAUGCCACCUUCGAGGUGCGCCCCACAGACAAGAAAGCGCCGACCAAGCAAGACAGUCUCCUUACCGAGGAUGAGUCACUGGAGGACAAACAGCCCGUGGCUAAGACGCUUGCGAGCAUCAAGGCAAUGAAGCUGCCAGCUCGCGCCCACGAGCUUUUCAAUCCUCUUCUUCAAAGUCCCGUGAAGAUGCGCGUGGAGGCAUUUGAGAACGCUGCCCAAGCACAGAGCAAUCUGCGUCCCAAGCGCACUAAGGAUGUGCAAGGCACGCCGGGAUCAAGCAUUACGCCCAAAGUGGGCAGACUCCCAGCACCGGUGGUGGGGCGCUUCUACACGCCUACCCAGACGACCAGCAUGCUGUCUGCGAGCUCGGCGCAGCCCAAGAAGGCACCGGCCAGUGCCUCCAAGGCUACCACGCUGAUGAAGACGGCAACCGGGACGAACCUAAAGUCCACCAACUCGGCCUCCACCAAGUCGCUGGUGCGCGAAAACAGCGGAGACGACUUCCGCAAAGGACUGCACAACCUGGCCGAGGAGCGUAAGAAGAUGCGCGAACUAAAGCACCAGCAGGCCGCCCAGCAACGCGAGGCCAAGGAACGGGAGCGGUCUGAGCGGAUGGCCAAAUUGGCCGCCGAGCGUGCCAAGAAACAGGAGGAACGCAAGCGUAUAGAGGAGCGCAAGCGACAGGAGCUUGAAGAGCAGCAGCGCAAGAUGCGGCAACAGGAGGAGGCCGAGGCCCUCAAGAAGGCCAAGCUUAAGGAGCUGGAGCAGCAGAAGUUGCAACAGCUGACAGGGGCCAAAACCAAGAAGAUGUUGCCGCCGCCCCCGAAGACCAAGUACACUUGGGAGAUGCUUCACGAGGAUGACUCGACUGAUGACGAAGGCAAGGUUACUCACAAACGACCGCCGGCGCCAACCUGGAGUCGCAGCCAUGUGCGGGGAGACGCGAUUCUUAUGCAGAGCCACGUACCCACCGAGAUCAUCGACAGUUUCUUCUCGGUGGCGCCCACCACUCCGGACCUGAAGCAGAUAUUCCCGAACAUCGAUCCCAGCCUGCUGAGGCGAAACUCCAGCGUGCUGUGGUCUACGCCGCCGCGCUAUUCCGAGCUGCCGAAGUACUAGCCCAGUAGUUCUGUUUUUCAUUAUCGUAAUCGCACAUCUUUAUAAUUGAAUAAAUAAAGUUAAUUGUGAAAAUUAAA